AUGGAAGAUGAACUCGCAAAACUACGACAACAGCUUCUGGAAGCGCGGCAACUUCGCAACGAAGAACAGCGCCGACGCGAGCAGGCUGAAGAACUCGCGAAGGCGGCACGACCACAGACCCUUCCAUAUUAUCUCGCAUCUUGUCACUCGCUCAGCCUCGCUAUUGAGGUGGUGACCGAUCGCACCUUGACUACGCAAGGCGAUACGACCAAUCCGACAGGCCGGAUUUUCCCUCGACGAAUCGUUCCAUGGGAUGACUUCGCGACGAGGCAACAGGAGAUAUGGGAUCAACUCUCAAAUUCCGGCACGUUCGCUUCAAGGCCUAUGUUUCCAUCUCCGCAUCAA